AUGUGGUGUCACUUCAAACCGUUAGAUGAAGAUCAGUCAUGGGGCGUAAGAGCUAUUAUCACAAGAAGUGUAGCUUUGAUAUUGAAGAUGGUCUUUGCCUACUUCUGGACUAUCAUCUACAAGAUCCCUAAGUGGCAAGGAGUCUACAUUGUUUUCAUAGCUGUGACUGGUAUAGCUGUGGCUGAUAUAGCUUUAGCAGCAGGUGCUUUACUACUCAUCCCAUUUGUAGGAAAGAAGGCAAGGAGAGCGUUAAGGGCACUAAAGGGAUUGGUCAGGCUUCAAGCUAUAGUUAGAGGCCAUGUUGAACGAAAGAGAAUGUCUGUUCACCUGCGCAGGAUGCACGCUUUGUCCUCUAGGGCCAAGGCCCGGUCUGCUAGUGCCCCGAAGUCGCGACCGCAGUUAUACUACGAGCAGUCUUCGUCGAAACGGUUUGGAUUUGUCGAUGUGCCAUACUGUGGUGAUACGAGGUCUGGUCCGCAGAAAGGUUCGGCUCUGCACACUAGUUUUAUGAAUAAGGCUUAUCCCGGUUCAGGUCGGUUGGACCGGCUCGGGAUGCCAAUCGGGUAUAGGUACUGA